UAGCUUACACCUAUCGAAACGUAUAGAAUAUGUUAAAAUUGACUUUCCAGUCAUAGAAACGCUAACAACCUAGAAAUCGCACUAGCUGGAAAACCUCAGGUGUUAACGAAGUCAGAAGCAAGUUCGAUUGUUCGAAAUUCUAUUUGUCCGUUCAUUGAUCUCCUUCAUCUGUACUCGAAUGAAGAGCCUAGGAAGGGCGGAAGCUAGGAUUUCCUACUGUAUCUGGGUUUGUAGAGAAGAGAUGGUUUGAAUAAAGUCGGUACUGGAGUUUUUCCUAGAUCGACAUGAAUCUUCUUCCCGCAAAUCCUCACGGUAACGGAUUAUUGUAUUCUGGUUUUAACCAAGACCAUGGGUGUUUUGCAUGUGGAAUGGAGAAUGGAUUCAGAGUGUAUAACACCGAUCCCCUUAAAGAGAAGGAAAAGCAAGAGUUCCUUGAAGGUGGAAUUGGUCACAUUGAAAUGCUGUUUCGGUGCAAUUAUUUAGCAUUGGUUGGAGGUGGAAAAAAGCCGAAGUAUCCUCCUAAUAAAGUGAUGAUAUGGGAUGACUUGAAAAAGAAGACAGUUAUUGAAAUAGAAUUUUCUACAGAGGUCAAAGCUGUGAAACUACGACGAGAUCGGAUUGUAGUAGUCCUUGAUUCGAUGAUAAAAGUAUUCACUUUCACACACAAUCCCCAUCAGCUGCACGUCUUUGAAACUUGCUACAACCCUAGAGGGCUGUGUGUCCUAUGUCCGAAUAGCAAUAACUCGCUCCUUGCAUUCCCGGGCACUCAUACUGGACAUGUACAGAUUGUUGAUCUGGCCAACACAGAAAAGCCUCCUGUAGAUAUUCCAGCACAUGAAGGAGUCUUAAGCUGCAUUUCACUGAAUCUUCAAGGGACACGUAUUGCUACAGCAUCAGAAAAAGGGACCCUAAUACGAAUAUUUGACACUACAACAGGACAUCUGAUCCAAGAGCUAAGAAGGGGAUCACAGGCAGCAAAUAUCUACUGCAUAAACUUUAAUCAAGAUGCCUCCUUAAUCUGUGUAUCUAGUGACCAUGGCACAGUGCACAUUUUUGCUGCAGAGGACCCAAAGAGGAACAAACAGUCAAGUUUGGCUUCAGCAAGCUUCCUUCCUAAAUAUUUUAGUUCCAAAUGGAGUUUCUCCAAAUUCCAGGUUCCUUCAGGGUCUCCUUGUAUUUGUGCCUUCGGAACAGAAACAAAUGCUGUCAUAGCAAUAUGUGCCGAUGGAAGUUAUUACAAAUUUGUAUUCAACCCAAAAGGGGAAUGCUCAAGGGAUGUCUAUGCUCAGUUUCUGGAAAUGACUGAUGAGAAGAUAUGAAGCUGCUGCAAUAGCAGGUUAUCCAAAGUGUUUGCGCUGUUUCCUGCUCCUCCAGUGAGUCAGUGCCACUGAUAUUUGUUUUCUCAUGGACAUCAUUUAACAGAGGCUGAUCUCGAUGGUCCUGAUGCCAUGCAGAGCACUGCAUCUUGUGAUAAAGCUGUAAAGUAGGGAAUUCCUGCAUACCAACGAUGCACUAUAGUUACGUGCAGCAAAUAAGUGCAUACACUUUAAAAAGGCACAGCUUGAGCUUGUGCCUGCUCUUUUAUGUAAGACAUAAUUUAGUUUUAACAGUAUGCAGAACAUGGGAAAUUAAUUUUGAUGAAGGUAAGCAUUCUUCAGAAUAACUGGUUUGGAGAGGAUUACCAUUGCACCAUUUUUCUUUUGUAGUUGUGAAGUCUACAAGGUUAUAUAGAAUAAUUUGUAGACAAAAACCAUCUUUGUUCUUCAUUCUGUCUGUAAGGACCCUCAUUUGUUUACAGGUUUUACUGUUAGUCAUUGAAAAGUUAGCAAAUUAUUUUCCCUCUUAAAAAUAUUUUUGUAGUGAAGUAAGUUUGUAACUUGGAAUGCAUCUUUCUGAGAUGCUGUUUUGCCAGAUGUUUUGAUAUGGUCCCCAGAGAUUUGUUGAGGCUUACAUAUUGCAACAUGGCUGAAUUAUUCAGCAGUUCUUUAAAAUGUGAUUUGUUACAUUUUGUAAAUAAAAGUCUUGUAUUAAUGUAACCGUAAGUAGACUGAAGAUACCAGAAGCUUGCCUUAGAACAAACACAUAUUAAAAUAUCCAGAACAUUUCAUACUUUUCAGUAUAUUUUCGCACAUUGUAAAUAACUUUAAUGGUUCUUUUUUGUGAUAAUCUUGUUAAUUACUUUCUGUUUUGCACAUAUAUCUGGUAUGUUAUACUGUACUAGACGGCAAUAUGUACAUUAACUGUCACUACUUUGUAUUCAUUGUAGCUGAAUUUCAGAUGCACUAAUAUUAUUUUGUCCAAGUUGCCAAAUCACAUUGUUGCAAUUAAAAUGCAUACUUUGGAUGGAGCAAAAUCAUUAAAUUGCACUGAAUUCUUGUGCAUCA